AAUGGCUUCUAGGUUUUCAAGCUCCCCAUUCCUCAUUCUAAAUUCAUUCAUCAUUCUUUUGUUAACUGCUAGCACCCAAGCAAACUCAAACAUCUUUCGUGCUUACAUCGGUGCCCAAUUCAGCAAUAUUAAGUUCUCCGAUGUACCCAUAAACUCUAAUGUUCAAUUCCAUUUCAUUCUCGCAUUUGCCAUCGACUACACAACAAGUUCAUCAUCUCCAUCCCCUACAAACGGAAGGUUCAAUAUCUUCUGGGAUGCAGCUAACCUAUCACCUUCCCAAGUGUCCUCCAUCAAAACCAAGCACCCAAAUGUUCGUGUUUCCUUGGCCUUGGGAGGGGCCACCGUAGGGAAUUCCUCGGUUUUCUUUAAACCAUUGUCUAUCGAUUCUUGGGUAGCUAACGCAGUUUCCUCCCUCACGAGGAUCAUCGAGGACUAUCACUUGUCGGGCAUAGACAUAGACUACGAGCAGUUUGAAGCGGACCCGAACAUCUUUGCAGAAUGCAUUGGGCGGCUAAUAAGGACACUCAAGAGAAACAGAGUCAUCUCGUUUGCUUCUAUAGCUCCAUUUGAUGAUAGCCAAGUUCAAAGACAUUAUUUGGCAUUGUGGAGGAGAUAUGGUGAUGUGAUUGAUUAUGUUAAUUUUCAAUUCUAUGCAUAUGAUAGAAAAACCACUAUAUCACAAUUCUUGACAUUUUUUGAGUCUCAAAGAUUGAACUACAAUGGUGGCAAAGUCUUGGUUAGUUAUAUAAGCGACGGAAGCGGUGGGCUAUCGCCGGAAAACAACUUCUUUACGGCUUGUGAGAGGCUCAAACGUGAGAACAAGCUUUAUGGGAUCUUUGUUUGGUGUGCCGACGAUUCGAAAAAGAAUGGUUUUCGAUACGAGAAUCGGUCCCAGCAGCUCCUAGCAAGCUCGAACUAGAAAUAAGUCUAGUGGUUUUUAGUUUUGAUUCAUAGCUUAGUAAGUAUCAGCAUAAUUUUUAUG